GAAGCGAAGGUUAGAAAACUAUACCUCACCCAAACAAAAAGUCGCUCGGACUUCGUAGAAAGAAAAAGGGGAGUUUUGAGAUUCAAAUCAAAGAAAUCCACGAUGGACCACGAGGCAGAGCACCUGCCUGAGUACAAACGGAUGCACCACCUGACAUACCGCAGGAAUCUUCGCGUGGUCACCGUAGUCUGGGGGUUAUUAUCGGCCUGUUUUGUGAUCUUGAAUGCCGUCGCCUUCAUCCAGCCCCAGUGGCUGGGGGACACAGAAACCUCCCCAGGGGUGGGGUUUUUCGGUCUGUAUGAGUACUGCGAGCGGCUACAGGUAGGAGGGGAGUACAGCUGUCGUGGGGACUUCAUGGACUUCGCCAGCCUGACCAACGACUCGUUCCGUGCAGCCAGCAUGUUAGUUGGGGUCUGUAACCUCGUCUUCAUCUUCUCUGUCGUCUGCCUGCUGCUCUUCUGCUUCCUGAAAGCCGCCACUGUUCUGAAGAUUUGUGGAGUGUUACAGGCCAUCGGAUGUGUGUGUAUGGCCCUGGGCUGCAUCAUAUACCCCAACGGAUGGGACGAUGAGAUGGUUCAAAGGACGUGUGGUAAGGACGCCGACAAGUACCGUGUGGGUCAGUGUCAGGUCCGCUGGGCCUUCAUCCUUGCCAUUGUCCUCAUCUUCAACGCCCUUGCCAUGGCGGUCCUAGCUUUUGUUCUGGCGGCCAAACAGGCAAACCUGCUACAGAAGGCAGAGUAUCGCAAACAGAGAUCAUCGUUUACAAAUGGAGGAUUUACGGACAUUAGGCCCAUCAACGAAAAACCUGUCAUUGACGAAACAGCCAUGGUAGACAACUCUUCCCAACAGGGGGAUGACAUCAGGCUGUAGGGCAGACAACUCUUGAGAAGUCAAACUUCCUUAAGAAACACAACAUCAAUAAUUAAAGUUUAGGCUUAAGUUGUAGACGUUACUUCCUACAUGAAAAAAAUAUGUAUUUAAAAGAUUUUGUCAGAUAUAUAUGUAGUACUAUAAUUUUAUUACAUGUAACAGGGUACGUAUAAUUUUGAGGGUUAUUCGAUUUGAAAGAUGUUUAUAAAGACUGAAUAUUUGGCUGUAAUAUGAAAAAUCAGUUGUCACUGUAAUUGAUAUAAAUGGGAUGUGAUAUGUACAUGUAAAACAUUAGACCCCAAUCUAGAUGUAUAUCAUUGUACAUUGUAUAUUUUUUACUUUUUUCUCAUGUGUCAUGUAUGUAAUACUCAUUAUUCAUAUAAAACUGUGUAUCAGGUUAUUUUAAUGUUGGGAAAUUUUGGCAAAGUUUGACCCAAGAAAAAGUUCUAUAUUUUGGUAGAUUUUCAUAAUUCAAGACUUGCUGGUGAGUUUUUGAUAAAAUUUGUUAUCCCUUAUAACUCAAGAUAUUCAGCCCCCCCCCCAAAAAAAAAUUUCCUGACAUGCAACAAUUGUAUGAAAGAGGCAUUCUGCAGAAGUUAUCAUGUCUUGAUAAUACAAGUACGCAAAUGCUUCCAAAAAUUGUGAAUCUCCAUUUUGAAAUUUUAUAAUGUUUAAGUAAAUGUUUUUGUAAUUGAAUCAAUACAAGAUAAUAAAAACAUGUUUAUGAAGAUUUACAUAUGCAUGAUUGUACAAAAGAAUUUCUUUCUAAUUUUUAAUUACUGUAAGGUCCUGUAUAUUUCAUUUUCCCAUUAGAAAUCCAUGUCUUUCUUUAUGACCUAAAUAUUUUGUCAUCUUGAGUGAACAAAUUAAACCGAUGAGAUUUUUAUUGGCAGUCUUCUAUAUCUGAUUUUUAGAAAACCCAAAACAUUAACAAAGUACACUAGUACUUUGCUACAUGUUGCACGAGAGAUUCCUUUCUUGGGUACAUGUUGGUUUUGGAAAUAAUUGGUUUCAGAGAACAACAAGGCAGACUGCAGCACUCUAUUGAGUGUACUUUUGCUGCUAACAGUAUAGAUACAUUAACUGCUAACAGUAAAGUUCUUAGAUUUAUUAGAAACCAUGGCUGGUAAUUACAUUUUUAUUUUCAAAAUUACAACUGUUUGUUUUUGUUUUACAUGUAUUAAAAUAUUCACUAUUACUGGUAUUAUAAUAUCUCAAACAUUACUGGUAGUUCAUUUGUGGUGGUGUUUGUUUCAUUUUAUUUUACAGUCACAGUGCUUUGUUUUAGGCCUGUUCAUAUUUUGAUUGCCUACAUAUUUAAAUGCUUAUAGAAGGUUGUGCUAUAUUUAAGUUUAUGAUGACAAGAUAUUUCUUUUAUUUGUUCCACAGUGUUAUACUUGAAUCAUACCAAAUCAACACAUUCCAGUUUAUUACUACAACAUAGGUAUUUUGAUGAAAUAUGUGAUAUUAAAUUUGUUUUUUGCGUACUGCUGGUACUGAUGUUAAAAUUUUCCAUGCAAGAAUUGCUAGACAUCCAUCUAGUUGCCCUGAAUUACCAUCAGGUAGAUGGAUGUUUUAGCAGAAACUGUGCACUUUACAAAUAAUUAUCUAAAGAAAUACAUGUAAUGUAUGUGAAUAUUUUUGUACCAAACAAAUUGAAAUGUGAUCAAUAAACCUUUCCAAUCCUAAA